AUGAAAAACCCGUACGAGCUGCCGGAGGAGGUGCGGUGGUACCAAACGCUGUGGGACAUGCGCAACAGGGAGUUCCGCACCACCUUCCUGAAGAGCAAGCGCCGCCAGUGGCGCCUGUUUUGGAAGUACGAAAGCCACCUCGUCUACGAGCGCGUCAUCAUGGGCUUCAUCGUGGCGACGGGCCUGUUUUUGAUGAGCAACGCGGACCUGACGGUGGCGCUGUUUCGCCUGCCCACCGAGGACGUCAACGAGCUGCUUAAGCAGGACGUCUGGAGGAAGUAUAGGAACGAGGUCAACGAAAGGAAGGAGCACGCAAGCAAGAUGCUCGAGGAGUCUAGCUACAUGCAGAACAAGAACAAACCCCCCGCCUCCUAG